AUGAUCUCUUCUACAAGCAUAGAAACUAUUAUACACGUUGACAGUGGUAAACGAUUGCAAUUCAAAAAUGUCACCAUCAAGAAUGGAGAAUAUCUGGACUUAUGUGUUUCCCUAGGGUCGACCAGCAGUUUCUCAGCUUUGGAAGAUGAUCAAGUCUUUUUGGAAGAGGAGGAAAGUAGCUCACCAAAUAAUCAAGAGGAAACUACAAAAGAUUUGCCUUCUCCAAACAAUACAAUGAGCAGACCCACAAAAACUUCCAUCGAGUUGCAAGUGAAUGUAUUUUUCUGA